AUGACGGACGAGGUGGGCCAGCGCAUGGAGCAGCUCAAGCUGCGGCUCGCGAACCAGACCAACGGCGGUGCGCCCGGCCGGCAGUCCCAAGGCCGAUCGCCCAUCUAUGACUACGGCCACACGCGCCAGUCGCCGGCGCAACAGCAACAACAGCAGCUGCAGGCGCCGCCGCGGCCGCAGCAGCCACAGCACCAGUACGUCGCGCCGCAGCAGUACCAGCAACCGCCACCGCACCAGCAACAUCACCGCCACCCGCCGCCAGCGCACCAACAGCAGUAUCACCACGCGUCACCAAACCAGCGUCAAGCCCCACCUACGCACCAGCAGCAGUACCAGCAAGCCCCGCCGACGCACCAGCAGUACUACCAGCAAGAGCCGCCGUCGCAAGCGCACCAUGCACCGCAAUACCAGCAACCGCCAUCACAUCAAACAACGCACAGCCGGCAGCCGCCACACGCGACGUCUCGGCAUGCCCGACCAAAUGCGACAGCGCCGCCACCGACUGUGCAAGACUUGCAGCAUCGGCUACGCGCCCAACGGCAGCAACUCGAGGCUGGUCGCGACACGGCCAGAUGCAGCAUCCGCAUCCGCAACAACAACCACAACAACAACCACAGCAGCCCUACGCCGAGCCGGCGUUUGCGCCUCCGCAGCGACACAAGCGAGCCGUCGACGGUCGGCGGUCGGCAGAGCUACCGCCACGACGAGCGCAAGCGGCGGGCGUCGCUGACCAACACGGACAUCUCGGAAGAGUGCGACGAAGAGUUCGAUGUGCGCAUGAUGCCGCCGCGUCGCCGGAACGAGUACGACUUCAACUGGGAAGGCGGGUCCCUCGGUCUCGUGCUCGUCGAGGACCCGGCGAACCGGAUGCCGAUCGUGAAGCGCGUCUCGUCCAACGUCUCGGCGGCCGCGCGCGUCGUCAAGGAAGGUGACACGCUGCUCUACAUCAAUGCCAACGCAACCCGCGAGUUUAAGAUGCCGGCGCUCAUGGGCAUGCUCAAGGACCUCAAGAAGCCGCUCAUCAUGCGCUUCAAGCGCGCGGGUACCGACGCGGAGGCCGUCAAGUCGGGCCCUGUCUUGCCGCCCGUGCUCGAAGGCGAGUACGAAUUUUAUUGGGAAGAGGGCAGCCUCGGUAUGACCAUGGGCGUCACGUCCACCGAGCUCCCGUACGUCAAGCGGCUCACGGGCCGCGGGCACUCGCCGCACCUCAAGCUCGUGCAUCCCGGCGACGAGCUCAUCAUGAUCAACGACCGUGUGUGCGCCGACCUCGGGUUCGAAAAGUCCAUGGAAGUCAUCAAGUCGGUGCCCAAGCCCGCGACGCUGCGCUUCCGCCUCGCGCGCGCCGACACGACAUACGACGACACGCUCUCGCAGCGGAGCUCGGUCGCGCCGCCCGCCCUCACGCUGGACGAAGCCAGCAUGUACGCUGUCACAUGGAGCGACGGUCCGUUUGGACUCACGGUCAAGGAGCUCGCGACCGACAAGGGCCCGGUGCCCGUCGUGACGCGCAAGACGGGCCGGAGCACGUGUGCGGGCCUGCGCCGCGUAGCCGUUGGCGAUGUCCUUGUUGAGAUUGGCUCGAUGAAGGCCGUGGACCUCGGUUUUGACAACACGACCAAGGUACUGCGCAACAUCGCCAAGCCCGUCAUGCUGCGAUUUCAAGCCGUCGCCGAGUGA